AUGCCGGAGUAUGACGUUAUUGUUCUAGGGACAGGACUGAAGGAGUGCAUUCUGUCAGGUCUCCUGUCUGCAGCUGGGAAGAAGGUUCUCCAUAUUGACCGUAAUGCGUACUAUGGAGGAGAAAGUGCCUCAAUCUCUCCCCUGGAAGAGCUGUAUAAAAGGUUCCAGGUCCCAUGUCCUCCCAAGUCUAUGGGGCAGGGGAAAGACUGGAACGUGGAUCUCAUUCCCAAAUUUUUUCUCGGAAAUGGGCUGCUGGUGAAGAUGCUGGUCUACACUGGAGUGACGCCGCGCUACCUGGACCUCAAGGUGGUACAGGGGAACUAUAUUUACCGUGCAGGAAAGCUCCACAAAGUCCCAGCCACCGAAGCAGACACUACAAACUCAGAUCUCAUGGGCAUGUUUGACAAGCGCAGGUUCCGCAAACUCCUGCAGUUCAUUCAGAACUUUGAGAACGGCACCCCGCGAACAUACCAAGACAUGGACCCCAAGAGGACCCCGAUGCGGGACGUCUUUAAACACUUUGAAGUGGGCCCUGACGUUAUAGAGUUCAUGGGACACUCCAUGGCUCUGCAGCAGACAGACAACUACCUGGAUCAGCCCUGUGUCAACACCAUCCAGAGGAUUCAGCUCUACAUGGAGUCUUUGAGCAACUGCAACCAUAGUCCCUACCUCUACCCUGUCUAUGGCCUGGGAGAACUAUUUCAACGCUUUGCCAGGUUGAGUCCAGCGCGUGGUGGCACAUUCAUGCUGAAUAAACCAGUGGAUGACAUUGUAAUGGACAAAGAACAAGUGGUUGGGAUAAAGUCUGGCAAAGAUCUGUUUCGCUGCAAACAACUGGUGUGCGAUCCCAGCUACGUGCCCAGUCGCGUGUAUAGGCAGGGGCAGGUGAUCCGUGUUAUCUGCAUCCUGGACCAUCCAAUCAAGAACACGAAUGACGCCCACUCAUGCCACAUCAUCAUACCUCAUGAACAGGUGCACCACAAGUCAGACAUCUACAUCUGCAUGAUGUCAUAUGGCCACAACGUAGCGACCUCAGGGAAGUACAUUGCUGUGGUGAGCACUACCGUGGAAACUGCAGAACCUGAGAAGGAAGUUCAACCUGCACUGGCACUCUUGGAGCCAAUACAAGAAAAGUUUGUCUCCAUCAGCCACGUGAUGGCCCCAACAGAUGAUGGGAGGCGGAGUCAGAUCUUUGUGUCGCGCUCCUACGAUGCGACCAAUCACUUUGAGACGGAGUGCGAUGACAUCAGUGACCUAUACUACCGCAUCACAGGCACCAAGUUCACCACGGGAGACAUCCAGAGAGGAGAGUCUGAUGACGAGGAGAAGAAAUAAAUGUCACAGUGGCAGCAGUUAUGGACAUCCAUCCCAACUUUACAAUGAUUUGACUCUCGUAUUUGUCCAUAAUCACAAAGAAAUGCUGAUUCAAUAAUGAAUGAAAUGUAUUUAUAUUAUUAGAUUCGCACAGAAUGGUGAUAAAGUCAUUCAUUCAAGACAAGUACACUGUCACAUCUCUCAUGUCUGCUGCAUCCUUUGUUUUGCAUAGUGUUUUUUUUUUAAUUAUUGUGGAGUCCUCUUUGGAGUUGGAGGAAGGGGGAAAUAUGAUUCCAAAGACCCGUUUGAGGUUGUCUGGCGGCAAACGCCAAACUAAAUCACAAGUGUGAUCUAGCAAUUCGAAAAGAAUGCGCAAGGCAGCAUGGGUACUCCCAGGCUACGUUUGAGGACUAUUUCAGUGUCAUUAACACCUUCAUAAGGUUUUAUUAUGUUUUAUAAGUCAUUUAGCAGUGGUGGCCCUUGAUUGACUUACUUUCUGUCAAUUCAUGGAUUCCUUCUGAUUGUUUUUGUUGAAUGCCUAUAUCAAAAUAAAGCAUCUG